UGACAUUUAGUUUUGUCUACUAUUUGUUUGAUUGACUAUUGAUAAGUAAAGUACAAUAAAAAUCAAUCAUUGAAUCAAUCAAUCAAUUGCUAAGUAUUAGUGAAUCACUUCAUACACUAUAGUAAUCCCCGAAACUCAGUGACCAACAAAAAAACAAAACAGUCGGGUAUUGACCAUCAAAUCGGAUAUAAAAUCGUGUGUUGUUGACCACUUCAUUGCCGCGCGCCGACCGACCAUCACUAUAGCUCAUGUCUACCGUUAUGGCCUUCAAACCGGAUGUUCAGUCGUCGUCGUCGUCGGCGACCACCGACUCGAGUCAAUCGUCAUUGUCGUUGUCGUCGCCGAUGAUGAUGAUGGCCAACAAGUUUUUACCGAUUAAACCCGAAGACCAAUUGGCUAUUAUUGGUUGCGUCAGAAAGUCUAUCGCCGACAGGUUUGCAAUCAAUUGUCCGUUUGAUGUUAUCGUUGACAACGAUAUGGUUAUCGUUCGCACCGAUGAUGACAACAACAACGACAACAAUAAAACAACCGAUCGAUCGACAAUUGGUGUCCAAACUAACGACACGACACAAGUAAUGAUGGAUCAGUUGAUUCCUCCUCCACAGCAGCCGAUGAUUGGUAUAAUCAAUUGGACAGACAAUAAUAAGUUGUUCAUUGACUUUGACAACCAUAGAUUGAUAAUUGGUGUCCAAACUAACGAUACAGUGAUGGACGAGUUGGUACCACCGAAGCAGCCAAAGAUUGAAUUCAUCGAUUUGUCGGCCGAUAGUGAUAGCGAUGAUAAUGACGACGUGUCACCAAUUGAUUUGUCCAUCAAAUCUGUGGACAAUGUUGUUAUCACCGAUACAUCAAACGAAUGCCCAAUCGAUACAAACGUCAGUGUUGACACAAUUGAUCAGCCAAUUGAUGAUCAAAUUGACAACUGUUUGCCACUGGAUCUGACCGUUAAGUGUGUGACCAAUGCUACAAUUGAUAAUCAUAUGGAUAUAUCUUCAGCUAUUGAUAUUGUCUACAAUCCUAUCAAUUCAAUUGUCGAUACAUUUGCCAACCAUUUGCCGCUCAAGAAGCGAUACCGUUUGGUAUUGAAAAGUCCUGAAAGACAAUCGCAAUCAACUCAACCAUCCGAUGAUAUGUUGUCCGAAUCGAUGGACAUUGAAGAAGUCAGCAGCGAUACUACUGACGACAGUGGUGUAGACAAUGACAAUGAGUCGAUGGACGGCCAAUCAAGUCCAGACACUACUGGCGGCAGCCAACCAAUAGUAGACAAAAAUGUCAGUCAAUCAGCCGUUACUAGUGAUCUAUCAAUUGACAGCCGAUUUAUGGCCAUCAAUCUGGACAAUAGUACCGAUGAUGAUAAUGAUGAUGAUAACGACAGUACCGAUCAAAUUGAUGCUUUUGAACAACUUGAUGUCAGUCUCACUCCCAGCAGACGUGUCCACUUUGCCGAACCAGUGGCCAAAAUCAGACAUUUCGAUGACAGCUAUGACAAUGUCUAUGAAGAUGAGGAGGAGGAAGAAGAAGAAGAAGAGGACAAUCGUAUGGUUUUAAGGAACAACAAGAAGUUAUUGCCACCACCUCUGCCGUCACCGCCUCCGUCCCGAUUUCUGGCCAAUGAUAGACUUCGUCUCGUAAGACGUGAAAACUUUACCGAACUUGUGGCCAAAAUCAACCAUUUUAUCGCUGAUAAUAAUAAUAAUAAUGUUGACAACAAUUGUUGUAUGAUUUUGAGAAAUAAGAAAAAGUUGGCACCACUGCCGCCAACGCCGCCUCCGUCACCAACACUGAUGGUCAGCGAUGUCAGUUGUGAACAGCAAUCAUCGGAUCCGAGUCUUAGCUGUUUGCCAUUGAAACGGGUUAAACAACUGCCCAAACGUUAUACGGAUGAAAAUUUUGAGUUUCAUUAA